AUGCAGACGUUUCACCCCCCUAAUGAUGGCAAAGGCAACGGCCGUUCUGCCUGCGACCGCUGCAGGCGCCACAAGCUCCGAUGCGAGCGCCCUUCAGACUCGGCACAGUGCCGUCGAUGCUGGAAAGCCAAUGUCGAAUGUGUCACCGGAGCCGCUCUCAAGUCCGGUCGUCCGUCCUCGAGGCGACAACCCUCCGAUGCUUUGGAGAACUGGCCUCUCCAUCAGACGCUUCAGACACCAAGCGAUACCCCCGAGACCGACUCUAGCACUGGCAGGGAAAUGCAGUUACCACCAGCACCAAUUACUGUCGAUGGUCUCGAAAACGGGUGGCCAGACGGCUUGCAGCAGGAUAUCGAUGCAUCGCAAACAUUCCAGCCUCUAUCAGACACCUAUCAGCCGGUAUAUUCCCAAAUUGACCCCCAGGGUGACUGUCUGAAGCGACUCGGAGACCUGCAGAGGGAGAUACAUGUGGACCUGGAGCUUGUCAAGGCGUGCAAAAAAGCGACGGACUGCGCUCAAUUGUCGCUACCUCCUGAGCUGGCGUAUAAUUCUUCCUUCCUCGUCGGUCGAAUGCUUGAACAUUCAAAGACUCUACUCGGUAUCUUGGCUUCCUUUGGAUCGAUCUCGCCGGCGCCCAAUUGUUCCACGAACGUGGACUACUUCCCAGCUGUACCGACCUGUCCCGGAGGCUUACACUGCGACGUUCCCACCAUGUUCUCUCUUUUCUCAUGCUACAUCUGCCUCAUCCGCAUCUACCGCACCAUCUUUUCGUGCAUCCAUGACUCGAUGCCUGUUCUGCUGUCGCUGCAACCAACCCUGCCCCAGCUAUUUCCAGGCAUCAAUUUGGCAGGUUUCACUCUCGAAACGCGCCUCGACCUGCAAGUCCAGAUCCUUGUCCAAGUGAGCGAAGAUAUGCUUGCGAAGCUCGAAGCCAGGCUUGGUGUGCCAGAGGGCGCCACCGCUGGGCAAGGAAUCUUGGAGCCCACGAGAGCCGCUAGAAUGCUCAGCAUGAUGUUGGAGGAGGAGGCCCAUGAGCAGCCUCCGCUGUAUGAACCUCGCGGCCCUUGCAAAUCACUCAGGGACAUCCUUGCCGACUUGAAGCGAAUGAUCAACGCCGAAAAUACAAACCGAAGAGACAUUGGAGUCUGA